CUGCAUUUGAAUUGAGCUGAUAACGUGGUCAUUUUUAACAAUGUGACGUAGGACAGAUGACACUGGUUACAAUGUGAUUAAAUAACAAUAAAUGUGUAGGUAGAACACACUCUAGAGCCCUCCAUACUGUAGCACAUGAAGCCACGCCCCUGGUCCGGCAGGCUGUCAUUGUUCCUGACAGCUGGGCAGCAGGCCCACGACCAGCCUGUAGUAGCCCGUGAGUGUGUGGGAAAAGGGCGGCAACAUCAUCAGCUCCUAAGUAUAGCCAUCCAGGAAUAAAUAACAAAACAAUGCGCCGAAAUCCCCGGAUGUUGUUUUCAGAUUUGUCCAUACCAAUAAAGUUCCUCACAUAAAAAAAAAAAAAUCAAUAUUAAUGACAUCUGCGACCCCGUUGCGCUCCCUGCAACCAACCUUGCCAAAGAAAAGGCAUCAAGCAAAGAGGCGCGUCAAAUAAGGUUGCAACGCCCAAUAGGAAGCACGAACACAAACCCCGGCUUUGCUGGCGGCCAAUAGGAUUUCUGGUUGCGAUGGCGAUGGGCGUGGGUUUACGUGAAGCGUAUUCAGGUUUGUAUGCGCUUCUAAGAGGAGGCGGAGGGAGCCGGCGGCGGAAGGGAAUCUCCCGCCAUUUUUCAAUCCCUGCUUUUCUUCUGUGUGUGAGGGUUCAAGGCGGGAAACCAGUGGGGGCUGCUCGUGUCAGGCAGCUUUGCCAACACUUCUCCGCGCUCGGCUGACACGGAACGGGCCGUCCGGUGACUCCGGAGCCACGCACCUUCGCAGCCUGCUCUUGGGAUGGCGCCUUUGCUGGGCCGCAAACCGUUCCCGUUGGUGAAGCCGCUUAGCGAGGCGGCCGCGGAGGGGGACGAGGUCUUCGUAGUGGAGCACACCAAGGAAGCGUUCAAGAGCCGGGAGGAAUAUGACGCACGGUUACAGCAAUAUGCAGAGCGGAUUUGGACAUGUAAAAGCACAGGUAGCAGUCAGCUGACUCACAAAGAGGCCUGGGAUGAAGAACAGGAAGUGGCAGAGUUAUUAAAAGAAGAAUUUCCAGUAUGGUAUGAGAAGCAGGUGUUGGAGAUUGUGCACCAUAACACAAUCUCCUUAGACAAGUUGGUGGACCAAUCAUGGAUGGAUAUAAUGACAAAAUAUGCCAUUGAUGAGGAGUGUGACUUUGAGGUGGCUCCUGAAACAUACACACGAGUCAAAAUUGUAAAGGUUCAUCCUCUGGACAAAGAUGAACAGUCUAUUGCAGAGAAGAAGCCUGAUGGGGCUUGUGAUUCUCCAUCCAGUGACAAAGAGAACUCCAGUCAGGUCACCCAGGACAUUGAGCUUAAGGAAGAGCCCAGCAGGAGAGACAGCCUGAGUGCAUUAAGAGAAAGUGACAGAGCAAGGCGCUCACCUCGUAAACUCCCUGCAACCUUGAAAAAGGAGGAGAAAAAAUGGGCUCCACCUAAAUUCUUGCAACACAAAUAUGAUGUGAAGUUGCUGAAUGAAGAUAAGAUUGUCAGCAUGGUUCCUGUGGACAGCCUAUGGCGGUCUGAACGACCUCCAAAUAAAGAGAUUCUUCGAUACUUCAUUCGUCACUAUGCGCUGAGAAUAGGAACAGGGGAGAAUGCACCCUGGGUUGUUGAGGAUGAGCUGGUCAAAAAGUACACUCUACCCAGCAAGUUUAGUGACUUUUUACUGGAUCCCCAUAAAUAUAUGACAACGAAUCCAACUCCAGCUACUAAGAGGAAAAGCUUAGGAUCUCCUGACCAAAAACCAUCAAAGAAAGCAAAAAAUGUAGGCGAUAAAAAUGCUUUAAAAGGCAAAAAAUCCCCACUUAGCCCAACUUCAUGGUGUCAGGUAAACCUGAAGAAAUUUGCCCCUGGCUCUCCACUACAAGGGAAGUAUACUGAAGAGGAGCUUCAAAAGCUAAUGAAGCUUGUGAGUCCUUCUAAAGUGAAUGCCAGCCUCAAGAAGAGUGCUGCUACAGGGAAAAAGAAAAGUGGAAAGACCCAUGUAAUAAAUGGGCAGCAAAUUCGUUCCCCUAAAAAGAAUGGAAAAUCCAAACUUAAGCAAAUGACCUUAUUAGAUAUGGCAAAAAGUACACCAAAAUCUGCCCGUACACCAAAAACUGGUUCCUCUACUCCUAAGUCAGCGAGUAAGUCACAUAAGCGGCUUCCUGCAGCUGCUCUCCAUCUAAUUUCUUACUAUCGAGAGAACAAGAACCGUGAAGACCGAAAGGCUCCCCUUUCUGCACUAAUCUCUAAGGUGGCCAGAAUUCUUUCUGAUGAAGACCGGAAUAGACUUCCUGAUGAGCUUAGAGAAUUGGUGCAAAAACGGUAUGAGCUUCUUGAGGAGCGUAAACGUUGGGCUUCCAUGACUGAAGCAGAAAGAGAGGAGCACAUGCAGAAAAAGCGUGAGGCACUGAAAGCUCGCCUCAAAGAAAAAGCUCGGGAACGGAAGCAGAAAGAGAAGCAAGAAAGACAAGAGAAACGGAAAAGGUUUGAGGACCAGGAACUGUCUGGAAAAAACCUGCCAACAUUUAAGCUGGUCGAUACCCCUGAAGGUUUACCAAAUACUUUAUUUGGUGAUGUAGCUAUGGUGGUAGAAUUUCUGAGCUGUUAUUCUGACUUGCUGCUGCCGGAUGGCCAGUACCCUGUUACAGCCGUUUCCUUAAUGGAGGCUCUUGCAGCUGAAAAGGGCGGUUUUAUGUAUCUGAACAGAGCACUUGUUGUGCUUCUGCAAACACUCCUUCAAGAUGAGAUAGCAGAAGACUAUGCAGAACUUGGUAUGAAGCUAUCUGAAAUCCCUCUCACAUUGCAUUCCGCUUCUGAACUCGUUCGCCUCUGUCUGCGUAAGUCUGAUUCACCAGCUGGAGAAAGUGAAGUUUCUGAUAAAGGAGAUGAGGAAAGUGAAGGAUCUGCAGUCUUCCAGGAUGAUGAGGUAGAAGACGAGUUCAUGGAGAAACUGGAAAAUUCAGAGUUUUUUGAACUUACAACAGAAGAGAAACUUCAUAUCCUUGCUGCUCUAUGUCACCGUAUUCUUAUGACUUACUCUGUUCAAGAUCAUGUGGAAGCUCAGCAGCAGCGUUCAGCUGAGUUGUGGAAGGAGAGGUUAGCUAUGCUAAAGGAGGAAAAUGAUAAGAAACGUGCAGAAAAACAGAGAAGAAAAGAGCAGGGAGUCAAAGGUAAAGACGACGUCCCUCAGCCUAAACAGUCUUCUAAAAAAUCUGAAAAGGCAAGCAUAACAGAUCAAGCAGCAGAGCUCGAGCCAGAGGAUAUGGUGAGUGCUGUGAAGAGUAGGAGGCUUCAGGCAAUGCAAGCCAAGAAAGAGAAGGAAGAACAUGAAAAACUUACAAAACAAAGAUUUCAAAAAGAAGCAGAGGAGGAGAGAGUGCGUAAACAGAGAGCCUCUGCAGAGAAAGCAUUUCAUGAAGGGAUUGCCAAAGCAAAGCAAGUAUUGAGAAGAUCCCCACUUGGUACUGAUCGUAGCCAUAACAGGUACUGGUUGUUCUCUGAUGGCACUCCUGGACUUUACAUUGAAAAGGGCUGGGUACAUGACGGUAUUAACUACAGCUUCAGUCCCCCUAAAGAAGAGGAUGAAGAACAAGAUGGAGAUGGAAGUACCUGUAACAUGGAGAGUGAAGAUGCUGACAGCAGUAUUGGUGCCUCAGAGGAUGCCAUGCCAAAGGAAGAACAGGUAGAAAGCACAGUACCUAAACAAGGACAGAACCUUUGGUUUCUGUGUGAUACUCAAAAGGAGUUUGAUGAUCUCCUAGACUGUCUACAUCCUCAGGGUUUUCGAGAGAACCAACUUAAGGAACGGCUGCAGAAAAGGUAUCAGGACAUCUUGCAUUCAAUUCACCUUGCCCGUAAGCAGAACCUGGGUUUGAAGACAUGUGAUGGACACCAGGAGCUGCUAAACUUUUUGCGCAGUGAUAUAAUAGAAGUAGCAACAAGACUACAGAAAGGAGGAUUAGGUUAUCUGGACGAUACAACGGAACUUGAAGACAAGGUUCGCACUUUGGAAAACCUCAAAGACUUUGGGGAGUGUGUCAUCUCUCUACAAGCAGCUGUCAUCAAGAAGUUCUUACAGGGUUUUAUGGCUCCAAAGCAAAAAAAGAAAAAACAUCAAUCCGAAGAGGCAGCAACCAAAGCUGAGGAGCAGGAUGAGGAAAAGAAAAUGGCUGAGGAGGCGAAGGUGGCUUCAGCUGUGGAGAAAUGGAAGACUGCCAUUAGGGAAGCCCAAACAUUCUCACGCAUGCAUGUGCUGCUAGGGAUGUUGGAUGCGUGUAUCAAAUGGGAUAUGUCAUCAGAAAAUGCCCGUUGUAAAGUUUGUCGCAAGAAAGGUGAGGAUGACAAACUUAUCCUCUGUGAUGAGUGUAACAAGGCAUUCCAUCUCUUCUGUUUACGACCGGUGCUCCUAAACAUACCUGAUAAAGAAUGGUUGUGCCCAGCUUGUCAACCAGCAACAUUUAGGCGCAGCUCUCGGGGAAGGAACUAUGCAGAAAAUUCCACAGAGGAUGAGGAGGAAGAGGAAGAAGAUGAAGAGGAGGAUGAUGAGGAGGAGGAGGAGGAAGAGGCAGAGAGUGAAGAUGAGCAAGAUGUUGUAGGACUUAGGUUGAGAUCUCGCAAAGCAGCUAAAAGGAAGCCUAUCAAACCUAAUCACACGGGUCGCCGCGGACGUCCACCAAAAAAUAUUCAGGCCACAAAGUCCUCACGGCAGCAUGUGGCACACGAGAAUGGAGCCGAUGUAGAUGAGGUGAUACGUCAGAGCAGACCAGCCUCCAGGCGCCAGAACCAGGAGCUUCAGAAGUGUGAUGAGAUCUUAUGUAAGCUAAUAAAGUAUCGCUUCAGCUGGCCUUUCAAGGAGCCUGUAAACGCUGACGAAGAUGAUGGCUAUCUGAAAGUGGUAACAAUGCCUAUGGACUUCCAGACCAUGCAAAGCAAGUGUUCCUGUGGCAACUAUCAGACGGUGCAGGAAUUUCUUAAUGAUCUCAAAUUGGUAUUUAGUAAUGCCGAGCUGUACUAUGAGCCAGGAAGCCAGCAACUUAUCUGCCUAGAAAAAACUGAGCAGUGUGUAAAAGACCUUCUCAGCAAGCACCUUCCAGGACACCCUUACCAGAGGAGGCAUCGCAAGCACCAGGCUCCUGAGCCAGAAGCUGAAAGCAAUGGCAGGGAGCGCAAGCGGAAGAAAUGAGAGGCUGAAUAUAAAGGAAGAGAGUGUGGUAAAAGGAUUUGAGGGAUACAAUUUGGUAUGUUGAGAGAACUGGAAGUUUAUCCCUAUUUUAGAGACCAAACAUUUUGUUGUUAUAUCAUGUGUGGGAGGUUCAUUGAAGAUUCGGAUGUUUGGUGUUGUUGCCCCAAGCCCCCCCCCCCCCCUCCCUGCCCCCAACCUCCCCGCCCCCCCUCUGGGAUGUGUGCUGCACCCAUGUGAUAUCAAUCACUGUAACGUUAAAGAGACACUUGCCAGCUUUUUGAUUCAAAACCUUAAAAGUGUUACUGAUUGAAUCAUUCAAGUCAUAGAGCUGCCAUCUGGUUUGUUGGUGUGGGAGCUGUGCACACUUCUGUUGAAGGCACUUACUGGUGUGUCCAGCCAGAGAGCAACAAUACAACUGAUGUUCAGAGCUGUGGGUUCUACAAAUCAUGACCUCAUAUACUGCUGCAUUACAGGCAGAGGUUCUGACCUCCGACAAACUCCGGGGACUCUUUAUCUUGUUUAACUAUAAGGAUGUCUGCACUCCACACACCUAUUGUAUUUAAAGAUUACAUGCCAACUAUUUGUAAGUGUGCCCCAGAUACACAGGGAGGUGUCGCUGAAGCUGGAUAAAACCCUAAAAGAAUCACCAGCAUCCCUAACUUUGCCUGCUUCUGUAUUUAAAUGCUACCAGCAAGGACUGCUAGAUUGAAAGAAAUUCUUAUGUUCCACUCCCUCACGGAACAAAUUUUAUUUUAUUUUUUUUUGUAAUCUUCCUUUCUGCAGACACAGGUAUCUGACCAUCAGAGAAAAUUUAUUCUUUUUAAUUUUUGUGCAUUUUUUUUGUACUGACUUUUCCCUUUUCUAGAUAUUCAAUGUUUGCUUGUUUUCUUGUAUAAAGGGAGACUUUGUCCGGGUUUGGCACAUGUACAGUACAGUUUAUAUGAAAACAAGUGUUUGCCUUUAUUAAUAUUAAAACAGAAGGAACCACGUACCACUG